CUUGCCGAAGCGCUGAAGCUCGCUGCGUCACACACAUAGUGAUGAAGCAGACGGGCGGGAAGGCGGUGCACGGGGCACCGAAUCAAAGCGCAUGAAGGCGGGCGGCGCAGCGCUUGUCAAUGCCAUGCAGCACGUGGCGAGCGGGGCCCGCCGUGACCCUGAGAGAUCUCGAAGCACGUUCCCGGAAUUCAAAGUUCAAACUGCAGACGCAGUGCCCGGUGUCUGGCACGAGAGUCGAAACAAAGCAGGGCAAAGCGAGCGCGCCCGAACCGCGUCUGGAAGGUGCUUGAUCGGAGCAGGGCCCAGCAAGCGUGUGUGGGCAGACAACCGCGAGACGAGACCACCCCCCGACAACAACAACAACAACUCAACCAUUAACCACACACCACACACGGCACGGCGCCGCGUCUCUCCUCCGCACGGCUGCCCCCGCGCCCUCAUCGUCGGGCUGCCACGAGGGCGGCAAGGAUGUCGACCGCGCAGCCAUUCCGCGCCCUCCAAGGCCCAAUUCCAGACCGCAGGGCCAGAUUGCGGCGUAGCACGCGGCAGGCGGUCGAGGUUCGGCCCGCGCGAGUCACGAUGUCUAGGUUGCAUCCUCAUUCCGGCGGAAUUAGACAUCGUCAUCGGCGUCAUAGGUAUCAACCUCUCAACGUCGUCGUUUGUUGGCGUUGAACCGUCGGAAUUCGGAAGAGGCACCUCGCGCCAAUCUAAUCACUCAAUCUGGCCGACAAAGGAGGCCCUGUUGAUCUCGACCCACGACCCACGACCCACGCCGCGACGCCGGCACACCCUGCUGGGCUGACUCGGGGGUGGACCCCCAAAUGCGGCGCUUUUUCCGCUCGCUGCAUGAACCCCCGAUCCGACACCACGGCGACCUGGAGUCCGGGCGAUUGGAU